GACUAUUGUUUUUUAUCAACAGAUUCCACUAACAGAAUUAAGUGUUCCUCGCAUAAUUUGUACAACUACAGUCAAAUAAUAAGAAUAAAAUCUAUUAAAAUACGCAAACUUUAUGUAAAAAGUUUUUUUAAAUGCAAAACUAUGCAGAGUUUAGGCAGUGAGUUGUAGGAUAAUCAAGUCAUCAACGCCUUUGGAUUUUAUUGGCAGAUUUCGUGAACUUGGAUGAGAAGGCCAAGAAAAUUGUCAGGUGUUCGCUAUUAGCACUUUCUCUGGUGGUGGUGAUUAGCGCAAGUUUAAUCUAAAACUAUUGAUCUAGUACACUCCGACACUUCAAUUUCAAAAUGUAUUGCCUGCAAUGUUUGCUGCCAGUGCUACUUAUACCGAAGCCAACAAACCCUGCGCUCAUGGAAACGCAUGUCAUGUUCAUCGUACUCUACCUAAUUGGUUUUUUUCUAGAACGAAAACCAUGCACCAUCUGUAGUUUAAUAUUUCUGACAGCCGUAUUCCUUAUUUGCUACAGUGGUGUGGGAAAUUGUAUAUUCUGGGGCAACUGCGAGGGACAUCAAUGUGAGAAUGGAUAGAAAAAUACGAAGUUGCCAUUCUAAGCUAAAUGGAUACUCAAUGCAUAAUAAAUUUAGCAUUAUUAAAUGCUAUCGUGCUAUAAACAACUUUGGGUGUCUCCUUAGUUAAGAAAUAUACCAAAAUAUAUUUCUUUUAAUUAGAUAA